AUGCUUGCUGCCUCGGAUUCCGCGCGGCGACCUGGCUGCAGUGCAUGGAUAUUUGCGACGAGCCGAAUUAAUCGACAACAAGGGAACACGGCAGCACAGUCAACAAUGGACUUCCGGGGAUCCAGCCGGAAGCCGUUCGAGGAAGUUUUCGUCCGAUUGGACGGCCUACCAGUCUAUGCAAGUUCCCUGGCCCUUCAGGCGUUCAUCGCGUCUAUCCGGGCCGAUCAGACGCUACUGUUCCCGGAGGCGAGCUUGGUCGCCCUAGUCCGACUCCCCUCAGCGACACAUGCGAUCAUACGGCUCACCCGUCCCGCCGAGCUCGCCGAGGAGCGCUGGUUUCCGGAGCUCAUUGAGGCCUGUCGCCGGCUCAAGAAAGCCCGACUCUCGAUGGGUAGAGGGCCCCCAGACUCGUCAGCUCCGAUCGAGCCCGUCUUACUCUGUGCUCCCUCGCCCGCCCCAACUACCCCGCCGUCCAUCGCCGCCCAGCAACUCCCUUUGAGUACCCCUGACCACUACCAUCCCCUGGUCCCCAAGCUUGAAUCCUCCACCAAAAUCCGUCACCCGAGGAAACGCAGCCGCAUACUUCCACCCGUGCCCGUUCCGUCACGCUCUGAUAAAAUCGCUCACGCUACUCGCGACCUCGCCAAAGCUAAGCAAAGCGAAAGUGACUGCAUAGCCGCAAAGAAACUUAUCCAGGAGCGCUCCAAUCGAAUCUCACCUUUUCAACGAUUCCGCAACAACUUAUGA